CGCACAUAUUACAGAUGAUACAAUGCAGACGUUUUAAGGUUAUGUAGUUUAUCUGUGGUAUGUUACGAUUUAGUAUUGGCGCGAAAUACGUAUAAUAUGAUGCAUAAUUUCAUAUCACAAAAAAUUUGGCAAACGGUAUGGGAAACACCAAAGAAGCAGAACUUAGAAGUAUGUUUCAAGAGUAUGCUGUUCUUCACCAUAAAGAUGAGCUGCUAGGUAUUAUGAGAGCUGACAACGAAAUUAAACAUUACUCUGUCACAGUAAAUUUUGUUACUUUAUUUGAAAUAAGUACACAACUAGGAGGUGAAAUCUUACUGAAUUCGAAUCACAUACUGCCCAUAUGUGAUGAAGCUUUGGUACAAGCUCAAAGAAAUCUGCUGGAAACAGAGGCUGCAAAUAGUUUAUAUAAAUAUGCUGUUAAACUGAACAUCCAUGCUCGGAUGACUGCUCUUCCAGUAUGUCCUGAACUUCAUCGCACAAUAUUCCCAAGAAAUGAGGAUGUUGGCAGUUUCCUAAGAGUGUCUGGUACUAUAGUGAGAAUUACAACUUCUAAGAUGCUAGAGUUUCAGCGUGAUUAUGAAUGUGCCAAGUGCAAGUACACACAAACAGUUAAGGCUGACUAUGAACAAUAUUACAUUCUAUUCAGUCCUACUCAUUGCUCCAACCCAGAAAGCUGUCAAGGAACAAAUAUUCACCCUGUUGUAACAGCUGGUAAUUUUAAUUAUAAAGAUUACCAGGAAAUUAAGAUUCAGGAACAAGUAACUAAGCUGAAAAUGGGAACCAUUCCAAGGUCAAUGUGGAUCACUCUUGAGGAUGAUCUGGUUGAUUCUUGCAAGCCUGGAGAUGAUGUUGUUAUCUGUGGCACAGUUAUGAGGCGUUGGAGGCGUAUGUCUGAUGGUAAUCGAAGUGACAUUGAACUGGUGCUGAAAGCCAAUCAUCUGCAAGUAUGUAACGACCAAUGUUCAGCAGUGUUGGUAACCAGUGAAACUCGUGAUGAAUUUUCCAAAUACUGGGACACUCAUUCACAACAGCCUUUGGUAGCACGGAAUCAUAUUUUGGCAUCUAUAUGUCCUCAGGUAUAUGGACUUUAUCUGGUAAAGCUUGCUCUAGCUGUUGUGUUAUGUGGAGGUGUACAGAAGGUGGAUAAAUCAGGGUGUCGGGUUCGUGGAGAAUCUCACCUGCUGCUGGUUGGUGAUCCAGGAACAGGAAAGUCCCACCUUCUGCGCUUUGUGUCCAGGGUUUGUCCGCGAUCAGUGCUGACCACUGGUGUGGGGUGUACUUCUGCAGGAUUGACUGUUACUGCAGUUAGGGAAAAUGGAGAAUGGCAGCUAGAAGCUGGUGCCUUAGUUUUAUCUGAUGGUGGCAUCUGCUGCAUAGAUGAAUUCAACUCAAUUCGAGAACAUGAUCGUACAAGCAUUCAUGAAGCAAUGGAGCAACAAACAAUAAGUGUUGCCAAAGCGGGACUAGUGUGCAAGUUAAACACACGAUGUACAAUCUUGGCUGCCACCAAUCCCAAAGGUUGUUAUGACCCUACUCAUCCACUUACUGUGAACAUAGCCUUAGCUAGUCCAUUGCUAAGUCGUUUUGAUCUUGUUCUGAUUCUUGUUGAUUCUCGAAAUGAAGACUGGGACAGGUUUGUUUCUGGCUUCAUCCUGCAGGGUAAAGAUCCAAUAAAAGAAUAUGAAAAUGAAAGAGAACCUGUAGCAUUAUGGGGAAUUGAGAAGUUACAAGCCUACUUCAGCAUUGUCAAAACUCUUAAUCCAGUAUUUACUGAAGAUGCUACACUUGUUCUACGACGGUAUUAUCAAGUCCAAAGACAGACUGACUGUCGAAAUGCAGCCCGCACCACUGUAAGACUUCUUGAAAGUUUGGUCAGAUUAUCUCAAGCCCAUGCUCGUCUUAUGUUCCGGGAGAAAGUGACAGUCCAGGACGCUAUUGUUGCUGUAUCACUAGUUGAAUCUUCAAUGCAAGGAUCUGCAAUUAUUGGUGGCAUUGAUGCUCUUCAUACAUCAUUUCCAAAUAACCCAAUGGAGGAAUACAGAGUACAGGUGGAGUCAGUGUUGCAGAAACUACAACUUAAUGAAAUUUUAGAUAAAGAAGUGGCAUUGCUACACACACUAAAUUCACAAAUCAGAGGAAAGAUCAACAGGGACAAGCCCAGGUUUACAUCAGGUACUGAGAAAACACCGAUCAGCGCUUCAAUGCAGUGCAAUACAGGAUCAAAUGAAGGAGUUACAAACAUUUCCAGUAGUUCUGGUCCAAGACUUGAGACCCUGGAACUUUCCAAAAUAAGUGAUACUGUAUCUAAUCUUCCAGCUCUCUCAGAAAAACUGAACAGUACUUUGAUUAACAUUCGGAAAAUCAGAGACAGAAAUACUUGUGAAGUUGCUGAAUACCAACGUGAAGCUGCAAAAAGAAAAACUACUGUAAAGGACAGAAAUCGGAAAAGAAAAGUCGGGGUAACUUCAAGUAGCAGUGAAGCAAUGAAGGUGGAAAGUGACACAGGUAUAGAUAAUUUAAAAAAGAAAACAAGAAUGAAUGCAAUGACAAAAAAGAAUGUUCAGGGCAUGAAAAUAUAUAACACCAAACACAACCUAGUAUCAGUGACAUCAUCAGCUAAAACUCAAUCCAGUGAAAAACUUAAAGAGUCAGAUUAUCUGAAACAAAGGUUCUCAUUCAGAAUCAACCCCCCUCAAAAGACAGCAAGCAUUGUACAUGAUAUGGAGACAUUCACUGCAGUUAAAAGUGAUGAUGCUUCAUGUAAUCAGCACACACACUCACCUGCCAAAAUGUCAUCAAGCACCUUUCAAAAGUUGCAACAAUUCAAAAGGACCUAUUCAGAUAUUCACAGUGUGUCUCAAAACAUAUCAGAAAGUAAGGAAAGUUUUAGACCAAUGAGUGAAGUACCAAACUCCAGAAAAGAUAGAAAUACUGAUGGAUUUAUCAAAGAAUUUGAAUCAUUUAAUGACCUUGUUACCUGUGGAAAAAAGUUGUCUGAUUCUCAGCAGUCAUCAGGUAGUGGUUUGGGCAAUAAUGAUGGCUUGAUAUCUUUAGACAGAAAUGUGUCAAAAUUAUUUCUAAAUGUCCCAAAAGUAUUUAGUACAGGUGAUGACAUUGAAGAUUUGGAUUUUGAGAUAUAAUAAAGAAUGUAACUUAAGAUUCAGGUACACUACUUUGACUGUACUGAUGAUAUGGACAAAUUAAAUAAUGACUGCACAA